AUGCAGUUGCUGUUCAAAUUGUGCAUUUCCGAGGAGACUAAGAUUGCUGAGUACCUCAGCAUUAUGGAGCGAACCAAGGUCGAACUGACUCGACGCGUGACACGCAGGCAAUCGGUGGCACAAGGAGAUACGUUUGCAGACCAGCGCCUGGUUUUGGCUGAGACGUGUCUUCAAUUGGCCAAACUACACCAGAAAUUGUACAGCCAGGCGGGUUGUGAACGAAUUGUACCACCGAAAGAUCGGCCACGUUCAAAAAACGAGGAUCGUUCUAAAGGCGAUGUGGACUCCAACGGAGUGGCUGUGGGUACGGCGCUUCAACACAUAGAUGUGGCAGUGGUACUAUGUCAAGAGGCUAUCGACCACGUAGCCACGGUUGUUGGCAAAUCAGAUCCUCAUCGUCCAUAUUCUAAAACUGGCACAGCUACAGGAGGAACUGGACGCAGGAGAUCGAACCCCUCAUAG